AUGUCUUUGAUUGGCAAUAUCGAGGCAUUUAGUCCAAAAGAGUCGGAUGCGGACGCGUAUAUCGAACGCCCAGAACAGUUGUUUAAAGUUAACAACAUAACAACCGAAGAAAAGAAAGUUCCACUUUUUCUCACCUUAAUUGGGGGUGAAACAUACAACUGUCUGAAAGAUUUGUUAGCACCGCAAAAACCCGACACAAAAAAGUACUCAGAAUUAACAAGUUUGCUUAAAAGUCAGUAUGAAACUAAACAUUUGGUAAUAGCAGAAAGAUAUAAGUUUUGGUCAGCUGUACAAGAAAGUGGAGAAGAUUUAAAGACAUUUUCCACUAGAUUAAGAAACCUUGCUAAAAACUGCGAUUUUAAAACGUUUUUACCAGACGCUUUGCGUGAUAAAUUCGUUUGUGGUGUUAAGUCAAAUAUAAUAAAACGUAAACUCCUGACACUUGAACCAUUACCCUCAUUCGAUGAAGCUUUGAGAGCAGCCAUUGCUGUAGAACUAGCUGAUGACCAAUUACUACUAUUCGAGUCAACGGGUUCAGUCAAUAAGUUGAAAUUUCAUAAACAGAAGUUCAACAAGUCAAAUGUACCUAAA